AUGUUUACAUCAACUAAUCAAACUAUAUUUAAUCCGACUAAAAAAUUAAAUAUUAAUGCUUCAACACCAUCAAGUUCUCAAAUAGCAACAUGUAAAUUAUUUGUUGGUAAUUUAGCAACACAUACAACAGGUGCACAUCUACAAACUAUAUUUCAUUCAUAUGGACAAGUUAUUGAAUGUGUUAAAGUACGUGAACGUUAUGGUUUCGUACGAUUUGCUACUAGUGAAGAAGCUCAACGUGCACUUACUGCUUGUAAUGGUAUACAAUUAAAUGGAUAUCCAAUGAUUGUUGAAUAUGCACAAAAUGAAAUUCUUAUUAGUCCAUUAUCACCAAGAACGAAUAAUACUAGUUCAUCAGCACAAUUUCGACCUCAUCCAUAUCAUGCUGGAAGAUCAUCAAUGUCAUGUCAAACUGAUACAAAAUUAACAACACCAAUAACAAUAAAUACAAAUUCUCGUCAUUCAACAAAUAAUAAUUUAAAUCGAGAUGAUAUUCCAUUAUUAUCAGCUGCAAAAAAUACAAAUAAUAAAUAUUCAUCAUCAACACUUAAUCCUGAUGCAUCAUCAUUUACAAUAUCAUUUUCUCCAUCGAAUCAUAAUCAACAAAUAUGUUUAAAUAAUAAAAAUUCAAAUAUUGAAAAUAUUUGUUCAACAAGUGAUUAUCAUUCACAAUCAGGUGUAUUAUCAUCAAGUGGUUCAUCAUCAAUACAAUCAUCUGGUUCAUUAUCACCAUCGAUACUUUCAGCUAUUUCACCAUCGAUUUUAUUAUCAUUUGAUUCAUCUGAUGUUGAACAAACAUGUAAUCAUCGUAAAAAUAUCAAUGAAAAAUGUCAAACAACAAAUUCAUCAUUAAAUCUUUUUAUUGGUGAUAAAAUUCUUAGUUUAUAUGGUUCAACAACACAUGUUGAUACAAAUAAUAAUCAAUCAACAAUGAUGAAUUUAAAUAUUCAAGAACAAAAUUGUAAAUCAUUACAAUUUGAUAGUCGUGAUAUUGAUCCACGUGAUCCAAUAUUUAUUUGGAAUUUUGUAUUUUAUCCUGAUGUAUCAAUAAGUCCGUUUGUUAAACGUGGUGAUAUAAAAACAUUACUUGAUCGUAGAGUUUCACUUUAUUCACGAUAG